UUAUGGAAGUUUUUGUGAGUAUUGGAUUCUCAACUUUUUAAACACAGCACGUGGCUUGUGGAAUGAACACAUAUAAAAUAUGACUUUGUGCUCUUCCUGCAGAUGCAUUUGGUACAGUAGAGGUCAAAGAAAGGUUAGAGAAUUUGUAUGAUAUUUUAGAUUCAAAUUCUUUGUGAAAUCCCAAUAAAUACAAAAUUAAUUUUUUAUACGUUAGUUUAUAGUUCAUGAAAAAGCUUAAAAUAAUUAAUUCACAUAAUCAAGAUAUCUCAAAAAGAAUUAAAUUGUAUAAAUGUUGGAAAAUAACAAUUAAUAGUUGUAGGCUAUAUAAGAAAAUAAGUCUAUACAAAAUAUUAUGAGCUACAAACUGAUACAAAAACAAAAUACUAACGCCAAGCCAAGCCAAACAAAAAACUGUGACAACAAACGCCGAUCCUGUACAAGACAAAUGUCACCAAAAUUAUUUGCUAUUCAUACAAAUUGAGAAAUGGCCGAUCUGGCACAUGCGCAUAAAAAUUUAGUUCAUAGAUAAUCCGUUUGUGUCGGUUCUUGGGAGAUAUGUAUUCUUUGGUUUCAUUAAUACAACAGAUCCGACAUUAACUGAUGUGUUGUUUAAAAAUUUAAACUCAAAGACAUUAAUCGCAGUGCAAAAGUUUUUAACAUCAACAAUGACUCGUGUGUAGCUUGCUUAAAAACUUUAUGACUUUAUGCUUGCUUGCAAUGCAUGUGCUUUGUGCUUAGUGCGGUUUUGCGUGGUAGUACUAGAACUAGACCAUUAAUAGUAGAACUUUAGUUAUGAAACUUAUAAACAAUUACAAAGUUUUUUUUUAUCUCUUAAUAUUUCAGAUUCAGGAGCUAUGAGCAUGAGCUUAAGCCCAGAUGUACCUCAGGUACGGCUCUUGAAUAUUCAAGUCUAUAUUCACGGAUCCUGGCCGGAUAGCCCUGGCAGCUAAGGCCAUUCAAAUGAAGAGAAGAAGAAGAAAUUAAAGGUUAUGGGUGUUAUGUAAAAAAAAACCAAAAAAACUGUUGUUCCCUUGUUGUUGUUGUAUGUUAUAUGUGUAUGUUGUAAUUAAGUAAUUGUAAAUUGUAAUCAUGGACUGGACACUGACACCGGACUUUGUAUCGUUGUAUGUUGUAAUGGUAAUGUAAUGUGUAAAUGUAAAUUCAUGAUGGAAGUAAAACAAGAAUUUAGUGAAGACAACUGUGAAAUAGAAAUAUUUUCUAAUGAUCUGGAUGAUGCUCUUUUAGAAAGCUUUAAAAAUGAAAUUAAAGAGGAGCACCUUAGUGAUAAUACACAUAGUAAAUUUGAUCAUUCACACUUAAAUCAAUUCUCCUUAAAGACUAAAAUAGAAGUUGAAAAUAAUUUGCCAUUUGAAGAAAAACAAACAAACGAAAAGGGCUUUCCCCAAGAUAAUGACACUUUGGAAAUGACGAAAACAAUAGACAUACAUUGUAAUAAAGAAAAAACUAUGAGUCGAUCUUCCGAAGAAAAAACAUUAACAUGUGAAAUGUCUGCAAAGCAAUUUGCUACAAAAACUGAUUUCAAUCAACACAAGAAAAUUCAAACUGGAGAUAAAUUUUGCAAGUGUGAAAUUUGUUUUAAACAGUUUUCUCAUAAAAUUUUUUUAAAUACGCAUAUAAAAAGUCACACUCGACAAAAACCAUACAAGUGUGAAAUUUGUUUGAAGCAGUUUAUUCAUAAAAAUUCUUUAACUAAGCAUGUAAGAAGUCACACCGGACAAAAACCAUACAAGUGUGAAAUUUGUUUUAAGCAAUUUAGUCAGGCAGGUGUUUUGAAAAUACAUUUGAGAGUGCACACUGGGGAAAAACCAUACAAGUGUGAAAUUUGCUUUAAGGAAUUUAGUGAAGGAGGUUCUUUGAAAAAACAUUUGAGAGUGCACACUGGCGAAAAACCGUACAAGUGUGAAAUUUGUUUUAAGCAAUUUAGUGUAAGAGGAACUUUGAAAAAUCAUUUAACGGCGCACACUGGAAAAAAACCUUAUAAGUGCGAAAUUUGUUUUAAUCAGUUUUCUCGGUCUACUUAUUUAAAACAACAUAUGAUCUUACACAAUGGAGAAGAAGCUAACAAGUGUGAAAUUUGUUUUAAGCAAUUUACUCGCACAGAUAAGUUGAAAACACAUUUAAGGAUACAUACUGGAGAAAAACCGUACACGUGUGAAAUUUGUUUUAAGAAAUUUACUCGGACAGAUAAGUUGAAAGAACAUUUGAGAGUUCACACUGGAGAAAAACCUUACAAGUGUGAAAUUUGUUUUAAGCUAUUUUCUGACAAAGGUAAUUUGAAAAAGCAUAAUAUGAGUUUACACACAGGCGAAAAACCUUACGAGUUUGUUUAAAUCAGUUUUCUCACAAAGGUGAUUUGAAUACACAUAUGAGAGUGCACACUGAAGAAAAACUUUCUUCUUAGAGUGCCCUCUCCUCAAUGGAAGUUGGCUACUACAAUUGAAGACAUAAGUGGAUAAAGGUCGUAUGUCAAAUUUUUUGAGAAAAUUGUUUUAUUAGGUUUUUGUUGUAAUAUGCUGUUUAACCUUUUAAAAUAACCUAUAUUUAGCUAAAUAAACAUAACAAGAAGGUAUUAAAGCAAUAUGUCCCACUAGAUUUUCGAAUUCUAGUGGAUACAGGUAUUAUGUCCAAAGUCGCGUUUAUCGCGGACAUAAUACCUUCAUCCAUGUGAAAUGUGUAAGUACAUAGAAUUUUUUCUACGACUUUGAAGAUCUGCUGACGAACCUCUAUUUAUGUAAAAAGCAAACAAACAGUUCAAAUGAAAAGGUUAAUUUUGUUCUAUAUUUAUUUUAUACUUUACUUUAUUCACAUAUAAUUAUUCUAUGCAGCACUUCUUCGUUUGAGGUAUGCAUACUGGAGAAAAACGGUACAAGUGUGAUAUUUGUUUUAAGCAAUUUACUCGGACAGAUAAGUUGAAAACACAUUUGAGAGUGAACACUGGAGAAAAACCUCACAACUGUGAAAUUUGUUUUAAGCAAUUUACUGACAAGGGUAAUUUGAAAAAGCAUUGGUAAUAUGAGUUUACACACAAGCGAAAAACCUUACAAGUGUGAAAUUUGUUUUAAGCAAUUUACUCAAAUAAAUUCUUUGAAAAAUCAUUUAAGGACGCACACUGAAGAAUAACUUUCUACUUUUUAACCUUUCAAGAGUUAACGUGCGGACUAUGAGUCCGCUUAUCAAAUUAUUGGUCGAUUUCUGACGAUUAAUUACGGUCUCGGUCGUGGGGUGCUCGAUAGCUUCAAGCAAGGGGUCACUUUAUUCAGGGGGGGGGGAUGCGAGAGUUGUCGAGUGCAUUUAGUUCUGAUGCUAUAUUGAAUUACGGAGUGUGGGUCCGCACGUUAUACAAGUUGUAACAAAUCUUCAGGUAAGAUCCAAUUAUAAAAUAUUGUAUUUCUAGGGUAAAUAAAAAUAUUUGUGUGAUUUAUAAUAAUUGUGAGUGAUAUACUGAUUAUGUGUUAUGUAUAUGUGAAUGAUAUAAACUUCUUUUUUACAGAUUUUUUGAAUAUGAGUUUUGAAAAGCAACAAGUAUAUCUUGUAAAGCUUCAUGCGGAAUUUCUCUCUGAUUCUGAGCCAGAAGUUGAACCUUGUCCAUGACGAUGCUAGUUUGGAAGGAGAUUUCGAAGAGAUACAGGGCCACGUCGCUGACAUGGAACAAAAAAUUAAGGAGCCAAUCUCAGAAGCCUUGGAUGUUCCACAAAGAGUGUCACAUUUCAUUACACGUAUAGGUAUCUACUAUACGGCUCAAACAUUUGUUUUUUAUUAAGUCUGUGUUUAAUUUCUUAGAAAUAGUUGUUUUGUGUUUGUAUAAUUUGGGUUUUUGUGUUUUAUAGUACCCAAAAUGUGCAAAAUAUCUGUCAACUUUUAUUUUCAAAGCAAGAGUUUAUAUACAAAUAAUACUAAAUUUUUGUGCAAAUGGUUUUUUUUUUUGUUUAUUUUAAAUAUAUGACAAGUUGUCAGACCGUUUUUCCGAAAAUAUUUGUUUUUUGGACCUUUUCUGGAUUUGCGGACUGUUGAGUCCGACAUUACAUUAGCUUCGAUCGCGGUAACUUACGAAUACUCUUAGUACUCGGGUUGUACGCAAGCGCGGUUCAGAAUCAGUUCAGGAUUGAUUUACACCGCGAACGAAUUUGGAACUAGUCCAUAACACUAUUAUAACCUAGUUUUUAUGUAUCUGUAUCCAUCUUAUUUUGAUGAAUUUGUUAUUUCAAUUCAUAAUUCAGAUUUGCAUUAACAUUUUACUAGAUCAGAUCAACCAAAUAUAAUAUACAACCAGAUAUAAUAAACAUAUUAUGUUUAUAUUAUGUAGUAUGAAUAGGCAUGGUUUAAAACCCUUAAACGCCCAAGGGUGGGUAAAAAAUGUCCACCUAAUGCGUAUUCCCUUGUAACAUAUUUAUUAAGUGUUUAAAAAUUUUUAAAAAAUUAUUUAUUCUUAAAAAGACAGGCCUUUAUCGAAUGUUAAUUUGGUUCUACCGAUAUUUUUGAAAAUAAAAGUAGCAUCUUGAGUUAAAUAUGGGUGGGCAUAAAAAGUACACCCUUGGUAAAACUUGUUCCUAAAGGUUUCUAUAUAAUUUCUCGUUGGAAGGAAGAUAAUUCAUAUAAUUAUCGACGUAUAAUUACAUAAUCUACAUAAUUAUCCGCCAAUGAGGAGGCUGAAAGGAAGAAUGUGGAGAAAAUCGACGAAUUUGAAUUACUGGCUUUUACUGGUAUGUUAAUUUUGAUGUACAUUGUAAUUUUGUUGUAAGGUUUGUAAAUUGUUUAUAUUAAUAUUUUAGAAGAUGCUGUGUUUAUUAAGAAUAAGAUUCUUAAGUUUAAUCCAUUUCCAACAACUCUCAAUAAAUAUAUUAGCUAUUUUCGUGGACAUUUUUUACCCACCCUUGGGCGUACAUGGAACCUAAAAAAGGUUGGGCGUUUAAGGUUUAAUGAAAUCUUUUUAUUGUUAUAAGUUUUAGUGGCUUUAAUAAGCUACGAGACCAUAUCGUCGCCAUAGUAGGUACUAUAACUUGAUAACUCCAAAAUUGACGUUUAUGAGGUAACUAGUUCACAAGAUGUAUUUUAUUUGUGCCCAUGUUGUGUAAAAACUCGCUUCAAACGGGUUAAGUAUUUAUUUAUGAUUGACGAAAGUCGAAAAAACUCAAAUGCCCCUAAUAUUCAGUGCUAAAACUUGACAAGAUGAGUUGUCAAGUUAUUGUUUAAUCUAAAUAAUCGUUAAUGGGACAUAUACCGAAUGCUACAACUAGCUAACUCUAGUUAUCUAGUUGUAGCACGUGUUUUUCUGAAACCAUUGAGCCUACCACGUAAUUGCUAUCUGUUGAUUCGGUUCAUGUUAAUGCAAAAAUUCGAGAACUGUUAGCAGAUCUCGCAGGGCAAAUUUUCACCAAAAUAAUGCUUAAAAUAUUAGUUUUGUUAAAAAGUUCACUUAGAUGCAACUUGGUACGACACUCGACAUUACCAAAUGUUAGAAUUAUGGUAGUGCUAAAAGUUGAUAACUUUACUUUUUUGUUAUUUUCCAUAUUGGAAAACACAUUUGCAUCGUAUUCCUAAAUAGAUCAGUAGCCAAAAAAUUAAGGAACAGUAUUUUAGAGCUGCAGAGUUAAUUCCGUAUUUACCAACAUCAUGGUAGCACAGCACAAAUAUCUUUAAACCCGUUUAGGUAUCUCAGAACUACUAAUUUCGAGUUAUCAAGUUAUAGUAUUAAGGCGACGAUAUAAAAACAUUCUCCAAAUAUUUUUUAUAAGAAAAAAAUUUGUUCUCUAAUGGUUACUGGUAUUGUAUAAUUUUUAUUAAUUACAUGGAGUAUUUUUAAUAUUUCUAAUACCUACAUAUUUUAAUAUUAACGUCCAUAUUAUGUAUUGUUUAUCAAUGAUAUAUUAGGGUAUCCUCGUCUAAUAAAGAUUUCAUAGGUAUAUGUUAUUUUAUUCUGAAGCUAUUUCCUUGUGGCAUUUUAAUAAUUACGUAUUUUUUAUGGGAAAUAAGCCACAAUUUU